AUGACGUCUAAAAUCGCAUCAAAAUCAUCGCCCAUUCCCCCGGCAUCUACUCCAACGGCCCGCCAAGAAGUCGACUACGAUGCGUCAUACAAAUUUUUCUCAUAUUUAAUCCGUGGGGGUGUUGAUGGUCUCGUUCUCGCGGGAACUACUGCUGAAGCCGUUUUGUUGUCUUCCGAGGAACGCAAAGAGCUUGUCAGGGUUGCUAGGCAAGCAGCGGUGGAUCUCGGUCGCCCGAAAUUCCCCAUCGUCGCCGGAAUCAGCGGACAAUCUACGAUCGAAUCAAUCAGGUUAGCAGAGGAUGCAUUGGCCGCAGGGGCAAGCUUCGGCCUGCUGUUACCACCAAGUUACUGGGCAAAGGCCGUUACGAAAGACGUCAUUCUGGGAUUUUAUCGCGAUGUCGCGGACUCCACCAGUCUACCUAUUGUGAUAUACAGCUUCCCCGCUAUGUGCAAUGGCAUCGAUAUGAAUUCAGAUACAAUGUCAGAGCUUGCCCAACAUCCUAACAUCGUUGGAGUCAAGUUGACAUGCGGGAAUGCUGGAAAGGUAACCCGGCUCACCGAGGAAUAUAGCCAUGAUCAAUUCGCGGUCUAUGCGGGGUCGUCUGACUGGCUGGUUCCUUGUCUCGCUGGUGGUGGGGGUGGAUGCGUUACAGGAAUUGCCAAUGUAUUCCCCAAAUGCGUUGCACAACUCUACAAGUUGUGGAAAGAAGGGAAAGGCCAAGAGGCUAGAAAGUUACAGGGGCUGGUUGCUCAAGCCGAGAAGGCGUGCAAAGAGGGCAUAGCACCUACCAAGUUUGGUGCAGCUCAUUUUGCAGGACCAGGUGCUGGAAUCACAGAUGCAAAGGCCUUCUGGCCUCGAAAGCCAUACGUUCCAUGUGGAGAAGAGAAAUCCAGCUGGGUCAUAAUGGUCAUGCAGCAUUUAGAGAAGCUGGAGCAAAGUCUACCAGAAGCCGUAUAG